CUGCUGUCAUGUCUAAGUCAGAGUCACCCAAAGAGCCCGAACAGCUGCGGAAGCUCUUCAUCGGAGGUUUGAGCUUUGAAACAACCGAUGAGAGCCUGAGGAGCCAUUGUGAGCAGCGGGGAGCGCUCACAGACUGUGUGGUAAUGAGGGAUCCAAGAACCAAGCGCUCCAGGGACUCUGGGUUCGUCACGUAUGCCACUGUGGAGGAGGUGGAUGCGGCCAUGAAUGCAAGGCCACACAAGGUGGAUGGAAGAGUUGUGGAACCAAAAAGGGCCGUCUCAAGAGAAGAUUCUCAAAGACCUGGUGCCCACUUAACUGUGAAUGGCCACAACUGUGAAGUAAGGAAAGCCCUAUCUAAGCAAGAGAUGGCUAGUGCCUCACCCAGCCAAAGAAGUCGAAGUGGUUCUGGAAACUUUGGUGGUGGUUGUGGAGGGGGUUUUGGUGGGAAUGACAGCUUUGGUCGUGGAGGAAACUUCAGUGGUCGAGCUGGCUUUGGUGGCAGCCGUGGUGGUGGUGGCUAUGGUGGCAGUGGGGACGGCUAUAAUGGAUUUGGUAAUGAUGAAAGCAAUUUUGGAGGUGGUGGAAGCUACAAUGAUUUUGGCAGUUACAACAAUCAAUCUUCAAAUUUUGGACCCAUGAAAGGAGGAAGCUUUGGAGGCAGAAGUUCUGGCCCCUGUGGUGGUGGAGGCCAAUACUUUGCCAAACCCUGA